AUGUUCCAUGAAGUACCGGAAGGAGUUUGUGGCUUCCUGCUCGGAGACCAUAAUGGACCAAAUCCCGGCGCAAGGAACGGCGCCAGCAGGAGAUAUCCUGUAAUCGUCUUCGUCCAUGGGGAGAGUUACGAGUGGAGUAGCGGAAAUCCUUACGACGGGAGCGUACUGGCAAGCUACGGGGGUGUCGUCGUGGUCACCAUAAACUACAGGCUAGGAAUCCUAGGCUUCCUGAACGCCAACACGGACUCGCACUUACGCUCCCCGGCGAAUUACGGCCUGAUGGAUCAGAUCGCGGCUCUGCAUUGGGUCCAGGAGAACAUCGCCUACUUCGGCGGUGAUCCCGGAAACGUGACGUUAGUCGGCCACGGCACCGGAGCUGCCUGCGUUAAUUUCCUAAUGACCAGCCACGCCGUACCCGACGGUCUCCUCUUCCACCGAGGUGUCCUGAUGUCCGGAAGUGCACUUUCCCCUUGGGCACUGGUCAGAGGGGCAUCCGGUUAUGCAAUGCAAGUAGCGAAACACCUGAACUGUUCUUCGGCUGCAGGCGACCCCCAGAGUCUACUUCGGUGCUUACGAGAAGUGCCAUUGUCAUUGUUGGUGUCUGUUCCGGUAGAAGGGUUAAAGUUUGCGCCGGCGUUCGGUCCCAGCAUAGACGGUGUUGUGAUAGAUCCCGGGGAUCCGGAAGAUCAGGAUUAUACUUUGCAAGUAGACACAAUCAACACCCUCAACAAUAUCCUCUUGCGGAAGGACGUCAUAGCAAGGCUUUCCAGAUACGAUCUGAUGGUCGGAGUUGUGCGAUCGGAGGCCUACUUUUCGCUUACGGCUGAUGAUGCCCAAUUCGGCGUCGAGGCGGAUCGGCGUACGAAAAUCCUUCGAGAAUUCGUUCGCAAUACUUACACCUACCACCAGCCGGAGAUUUUGGCGACGAUCAUCAACGAAUACACCGACUGGGAGAGACCGGUGCAGCAUCCUGUAAAUAUUAGGGACGAAAUGCUCGAGGCUUUGACGGACGCGAACACGGUGGCUCCGGCUACGAGAACCGCCGAUCUUCACAGCCAAUCUCAUAGGAACUCCUAUCUCUACGUAUUCGACUAUCAGACCAAAUUCGGCGACUAUCCGCAGAGGCAAGGAUGCAUUCAUGGAGAAGAAUUGCCAUACUUUUUCGGAGCUCCAAUAGUUGGUGGACUUGCUCAUUGGUCGAGAAAUUACACCAGAGUGGAGACAGGCCUCUCGGAAAGUGUCAUCCUGUACCUCACAAACUUCGCUCGAACCGGAAAUCCAAACGAGGGAACACCGGAUCCUGGACCCAGUUCGAGGCCCGAAAGAAUGAAACUGAAAAACGUCGACUGGACUGCCUACGAAGCGGUGCACAAAAAAUACCUCAGCAUAGAUACAAAGACGAAGCUGAAGAACCACUACAGAGCCCACAAACUUUCCUUCUGGCUGAAUCUCGUCCCUGAUCUGCACAAACCGGGAUCGGAUGACGUCCCCAGGUCGCACCACCUCUUAGACGCUGAGCAGGUUCCACCCAGAUUCAUCCAGAGGAUACCCACGACGAUGAGGCCUACAACAUCCGAGCUGACCACGGAAAGGGUCCAAAACGUAUCCACAGCCUCUCCCAGUGAACUCACCUACGAAGAGUCGACAGCCCAACCGGAAGAUGGAUUUGCAGCAUAUUCAACAGCCCUGAGCGUAACGAUCGCGAUAGGAUGCAGUCUGCUGAUCUUGAACGUGCUCUUCUUCGCCGGUGUAUAUUAUCAGCGCGACAAGAAUCAACACAACUGCCCUAAGAAGCGCCAAGAGAAUGGCCAAAUGCCCAACAACAUCUGCGGGGAGCUGGAGACGAAGACGGAGCGUCAUCACAUCCAACACAUCCCACCUCCGGAGUUUGCAGAUCUGCAGAACAACUCCUGCCACGUCCCGAUACCACCUCCACCACCGAAAAACACGAAACCCGGGAAACCUGGUGGACAAAAUCUGAUUAUUAGUCCUAAUCAGCUGCAGCAGGAGAGCAUGGCCAUGGCUGGGGCGGGGACCCUGAAGAAGGGACACAAUCAUCAACAGAUCAUGGAGGAACUGAGGGUCUGA